AAUGAUAUUCAUCCAGCAUUCCUGAGUAAUAAGAAUGGGUCCAGAUGUACCUCUGCUGAAUGAUUACAAACAGGAGUUCUUCUUGAAGCGCUUUCCACAGACUCUGCUGGGAGGUCCCCGGUUUAAAUUAGGCUAUUGUGCCCCUCCUUACGUAUAUGUGAAUCAGAUUAUUCUUUUCUUGAUGCCAUGGGUUUUGGGAGGAGUAGGAACACUUUUGUACCAAUUAGGCAUUAUGAAAGACUACUAUACCGCAGCACUUUCAGGAGGACUGAUGUUUGUUACUGCACUUAUUCUUCAGAUGACAAAUCUAUAUGCAAAGCAGAAAACAGUGACAGUAGAAAGAAUGCAAAUUCAGAAUACCCUAACAGAUGAAGAUGAGUUUGAAUUUUCCAGCUGUGUAGGUUCAGAGACAGUAAAAUUUAUUAUUCCUGGCAAGAAGUAUAUAAUCAACACUGUGUUUCAUUCCCUUCUGGCAGGGGUAUUGUGUGGGUUGGGAACUUGGUAUUUGCUGCCAAACAGAAUAACCUUGCUAUAUAGCAACAUUGGAGGAACUGUUAUGAUCUUUGUAUUUGGAUGGGUGACUAUAUGUAUAGGAGAGUAUUCAUUAAUCAUAAAUACAGCUACCGAAACAGCUACUUUCCAAGCACUGGAUACUUACGAAAUCACUGCUCUGAUGAGACCUUUCUAUAUUUUUGUCUUUAUUGCAGUGGAUCUUGCACACAGGUUUGCUGUCAACACACCCAUUCUAGAACAGACAAACCAGAUUUUGCACAUCAUAUUUCUUUUUCUGCCAUUCUUAUGGGCAAUGGGAAUUCUGCCCCCACUUGACGCACUUUUUCUAUGGGGAAUGGAACAACUGUUGGAGUUUGGACUAGGAGGUUCACCUAUGUCAAGUAACACAAAGUUAUUAGUAAUGUUUCUCAUUUCUGCUGGAACAGCAAUAGCAUCGUAUUUCAUUCCCAGCACUCUCGGUGUGAUCCUCUUCAUGACUGGAUUUGGGUUCAUACUGAGUCUUAACCUAAGCGAGAUUGGUUUUGCCUUCAAACACACCAUGAUCAGCCAUUUAGCCUCCAGCAAAUCAAAAAAUAUGCACAGAGGUCUUAGAAUACAAUUUGGGUGGAGGGAAUUUAUUUUUUAUUUGACUGUGUUGACAUUUGCUCUCAUAGAAGCUAGCCUGCUGCAUCAAUUUGCAGGCUUUUCAUCAUUUUCCAAGGCCAGUCCACAGGCUAUAGCGAGUUACAUUCUGAUCAUAUUACUUAUAAUUAUGUGGAUUCUUAGAGAGAUUCAGAGAGUGUACUUGUUUGGAGUCUUCCGAAACCCCUUUUAUCCAAAGGAUGUCAGGACUGUGACUGUGUUCAUGGAGAAGCAAAGAAGGCUAAUGAAAGUUGGUGUUGUCAGGAGGAUUUUACUAACACUAGUGUCUCCGUUUGCUAUGAUAGCAUUCCUGUCACUAGACCGUUCACUACAAAAUCUUCCUUCUGUGUCUGUUUGCAUUGGAUUCACAAGAAUAUUUAGGAUGGUCUGGCAGAAUACAGAAAACGCCCUACUGGACAUAGUGGUUGUGUCAAUAGCACAAGUGUGGGUGUUUAAUCCAGACCUCUGGUGGAACAGGAGCCUUGAUACAGGGAUCAGACUCUUGCUGGUUGGUAUCCUACGUGAUCGAGUGCUUCAGUUUGUCUCAAAGUUGCAGUUUGCCAUAGCUAUUCUUUUGACAUCGUGGACAGAGAAAAAACAACGUCGUAAAUCUACCGCCACCUUAAUCACACUCAAUGUCGUUUUCUUCCCAAUCCUGCUGACCUUCAUCGCCAUCUCUGCGCUCCUUUCUUCUCCCUUGCUGCCGCUCUUCACGCUACCGGUAUUUUUGGUUGGGUUUCCCAGGCCUGUCCGAAGCUGGCCAGGACCUGUGGGCGCUACAGCGUGUGUUUGCUCCGAUACCGUGUACUACCAGCAGAUGGUUCCAAGUCUGGCUCUUGCUCUGCAGUCUGCAGUAGCAGCCGGUAGCCUAGGUCUCUCUCUACCUGGAUCACAUUACUUGUGCCGUUUUCAGGACAGACUGAUGUGGAUAUUGGUGCUAGAAAAAGGCUUCACUUACUGUGGUGUUAACAUUAAGGGGCUAGAAUUGCAGGAAACAUCCUGUCAUGCUGCUGAAGCUCACAGAGUUGAUGAAAUUUUUGAAAUGGCCUUCGAACAUCAGGAGCACACAAAGAUUCUCUCUCCUAAUCACCAUUUUGGACACAUUUUGACUCCUUGUACUGUUCUACCUGUACGGCUGUAUUCUGAUGCCAGAAACGUGUUAUCUGGAAUAAUUGACUCUCAUGAGAAUUUAAAGCAUCUGAAAGAUGAUUUCAUUAAAGUGCUUGUAUGGAUGCUUGUCCAGUAUUGUUAUAAAAAAUCAAAAACUUGGGAAAGCCCAGGCAAUGCCGACACAAACAAAAAAAGAUCAUUUCCAGAAAAUCAGCAUAGCAGUGCAGUAGAAAGAUCCAAGCCUCUGAGGGAAGAAGAUAGCUUUAGUGUUGAUACAAUUGAGGACUGGACUGAUGAUAGUGACAUUUUUGAUCUUGAACCCAGUGGCAGAAUGAAAGACAGAAAGGAACCUGGGCAGUUGGGAACUACACCAAAAGUACAUCUGUCUAUUCCAGGAUCUGUAGAAACACAGAGCCAAGAAGUCCCACAAGAAAUGUCACCAGAAGAUAAAUUAUACAGGGCUGUUGUGCUUGGGCUUCCCGCAGUAGACAAAGGGAAACAGCAAGAAGUUUUACCUCAGGUUGAAUUUAGUUGCUCUUACUCAGAGCUAUUGAGCAUCCCUGAAGAUUGGAGAACAGCCCCAGUGCCUUCUUCCAAAGUCAAUGAAAUGAGGCAGAGGUUUCCAGAAGAAUGGUACCAUUUCAUUUUGAGUCAACUGGACUUUUUUCAUCUGAAGGAAAAACCUUCCAACUUACUUGAAGAUCUUAUGAAAGAUAAAGCUUUGAAAGACUUAUACAUCCAUGGAGUAUUGUCGUGUUGUUUUGGUCUGUUUGGACUGGAUAACGCCGUGCCUGCCCCGAGCCAUGUGUUUAGAGCGUACACUGGUGGUAUUCCAUGGUCUGUUGGUUUGGACUGGCUAACCAGCAAACCGGAGCUAUUCCAACUUGCAUUAAAAGCAUUCAGAUACACUUUUAAACUUAUGGUUGACAAAGCAAGCCUGGGUCCAGUUGAGAACUUCAAAGAGCUGGUUAACUACCUGGAAGAAUAUGAAAAUGAUUGGUACAUUGGACUGGUAUCAGAUCUUGAGUGGCAGCAAGCAGUUCUUCAGGAAAAGCCAUACCUUUUUUCCCUGGGGCAUGACCCAAACAUGGGAAUUUACACUGGGCGAGUCCUCACUCUUCAGGAAUUGUUAGUACAAGUGGGAAAACUUAAUGACGAAGCUGUCCGAGGUCAGUGGGCAAAUCUGUCCUGGGAGCUGCUGUACGCUACAAAUGAUGAUGAAGAACGCUACAGCAUCCAGGCACACCCUGUUCUUCUGCGAAACCUUACUGUGCAAGCUGCGGACCCACCUCUUGGCUACCCUGUUUAUUCAUCUGAACUUCUGCAUCUGCCUUUGUUCUAG